AUGAGGUUUAAUAUCAUCUUUGCCGGUGCUUUGGCCCUUUUCUCGACCACCGAAAGCGCAGGUAUACUCUCCCUUCCCAAAUGGAUCAAUAAACAAAUCUUCAUCGGAGAGGAUAGACAGGGCUCACUUUCGGUUGCGAGAGGCUACGAAGACCACUGCGAUGAGUACAUCAAUGCCGCGGAUUACGGUUAUGAUCUACGCGAUGAUCCCGUGGAGGACGCGAUUGAUGCGCGUUAUUACAAUAAACACGGAUAUCAUAUUGGCGAUGGACCCGCCGAGUACAGUACUUGGGGGGGCGGGAAAUGGGGCGACGGAUAUACUGGACCAGAUGAUUUGUUCAAUGACCAGGCAUAUUAUGGACCGCCUGGAGACAUUGUAGAGUAUCACGAGGAUUGUUAG